CAGCCUUCCAAUCAUCUUAUCUUAUCCAGCGAAUUAUGACGGGGCGUCUGGGUUCAUGAUCGAGAUAUUUUUUUGUCAGCUCGAUGAAAUAUAACACCAAGCUAGCAGUACCGAUGCUGUAGUUGGAAUCUUCCUGCGACUCAAAAUCGGAUCCCCCAAGCUGGCUCGACUCAGAGCAAGAUGGGAUUGCUACGGACCAUAGGGCUGGCCAUCCUCGGAAUCUCAGGCUUUGUAUUUGUCGCUCUCUUUGGGAGACUGCCUGCAUUUCGCAAAACCCCAAUUGGGUUCCUUCACAGAGUUCUUUGGAUACACGUCCCUAGAGGAUUUGCAAGAAUCGAUGAGCUACUGUUUAGUGGCCGUCUUUUCUCUUGCUGCAGUCAGGCCGGUAACUAUAUUCUCAAUGAGAAUCAUCCGCUUGUUCUUAUAUUCUUUGCCUCACUGCUGGUAGCAGGCCAGUGCAUGUUUAUUCCCGCCGCUUGGGCCAGGAUCCCUACUGCCCACCAUGUAUGGAUACCGCUCGUUGCAGCCCUUCCUUAUUAUUUCUUAUAUACGAGCAUAACCACCAAGUCUUUCAUUACUCCCAAAAACCACGCGGAGGAGUUGGAACGCUAUCCUUACGAUAGGGUCAUCUUCCAUCCAGGGCACCGCUGCAGUACAUGCCGAUUCCUCAAGCCGGCGAGAAGCAAGCACUGCAGCACUUGCAAAGCAUGUGUAUCCCGACACGACCAUCAUUGUGUAUGGCUGAUGAACUGCGUUGGAUUGCACAACUAUCAUUACUUUCUGUCCCUGAUAGUAUCACUGUGCGUCAUGCUGACUUAUGGCUCAUGUCUUGGAUACACUCUGCUAUACCAGACCUACGACAAACUGGUACCCGCUGACAAUUCUUUGCGACACACGCGACAGAGCUGGAUGACUUUCUUCAACAUUUGGGCUGUGGUGAUCGCUGCUGAUGUUCGCAUUGGCGCGACCACCCUGUUGAUGACGAUGACAGCCCCUUUGGCGGGGGCCUUUCUCGUAUACCAUACCUAUCUGAUUUGGGCCGGUAUGACCACAAAUGAAAGCUCCAAGUGGUCGGAUUGGAAGGAGGACGUUGCCGAUGGCUAUGUAUAUAAAUCGACCAAGGACGUGAUAUAUGGCAACUCGCCCUUGCUCGCAGAAUACCAAGGGUCACCAUCAGACUGGCCCAUGGGCAGCGAGCAGGUCCUUGCACUCACGGAUGGGGAGGCGCCCAAGGAAGGACACCUGUUGUCUCCAGAUUCGAACGAAAUCUCACAGCCCAGCGACCGAGAUGCUCCUAUUGACCCGCGGUGGAGCUUGGUACAUAGUAUGCGGGAGGUGGAGAAUAUCUAUGACCUGGGGUUCUGGGACAACUUACGCCAUGUUUUUGGGCUCUCUAUCCGAUCCAAGAUUGAUGUGCUGCUGCUCAAAACCAACGGUAAUCUUAACUUCGCGCCCAAGAUGGCUGACCGGGCAGCAGCGGAGAUGAAGCCCAAGUGCACUCCUGCAGAGCUUAUGCUAAAGGUUAUCCUGACGGGGACCUUGAGCCACUAUGAGACCCGGGGUAUGAUUGAUGACAAACGUCUUGAACACAUGCUCUCUGCGGGCAAGCAGAUUCUCUACAAGACACACCAAGAAAGCGAUGUCAGACAUAAUCUCGGCCUGUCACCGGACAUCUGGCAAGGCUUCACAGAUGUUUUGACAAAGGCGAUCCCUGUUCUCGAGUCCCAGUCGUUUGCUUGGAAAAGCCCCCCGACCGCCAACUACGACCACUCUUCCUCCAACCUCAUAGCCUACAACUACUUUUCACUUGUCAAGGAUAUCGAGCGCCUGAAUGACUUGUGUACUAUCGCCCGCAAUCUCCUCGCCACCACGAAGAAGGCCCAAAACAUGGCGGCGGAGAAAGGCUUCGAUCAGAGAAUCCUAGCCCUGGUCGACACCUGUGUCAGGGUUACGGCGCGGGGGUUUGACGGGGAAACAAACGCCCGGAACGAGGAGCGCUGGCAGAAAGUCGUCAACCUCUACAAGCGCCUUCUGAUUACGUGUCUGCAGUUCAUGCACAAUUUCAUCAUGCACAACGAGCAGCGGAAGAUGGUUUUGUGGCUGGACCUCUUCGGAUACCAUUCUACGGGAGAUUCCAACAUCAUUCAGCCCCGAGAGCCGCUUGAUCCGGCCUUUGCUCAGCCAGAAGGAAUGGCGCCGAUUGUCAAAACCGGAGAGCGGAUAGUCAACCCCCCAAUCCGGGCUCUCUAUGAUCAGACUGCGGAGGACCUGCUUCUGGAGACGAUCUCCAAUUUCCCCCGGGAACCUGCCACGAUCAAAGAGGAGGCGGCCAUGCUGCUUCUUGCAAACAUCAAGGACCACAUGGAGAAGCUGCUCGGGCGCGAUUUGACCGCCAUACAGGAGAUGGGCAAAGACCCGGAGCAAGUCAAGGAAAUCCGCGCAGCUCUGACUGCUAUUCUCGGUGCCAAGGUAGAUGGGUGGUCUGAUCUCCAGGACAGAGCCAAGGACCUCCCGCCCGCCCUGCCAGAAGAUGAGCCUCCUCGCAAGAAGGCGAUUGUGACGAUAGAUCGGAGCUUAACAGCUGGCUUCCCACGCGUUUGUUGGACCGAUCUCCCGGACCUUAGCGAAUAUGGGGCGCUCUCGGCUGGUGACGCAGUUGUUAUGGAGGAAGAUAUGAGUAUGCCCCGGUCUGCUCAGUCUGCAGCCGAAACUCUACAGGAAGCGAAGGACGAGUUAAUGGCGCGACUGCAAGAGAGCUCCCAGAUUGGUGGUGAUGGAGAUCAGGACUACGAUACUGGGGACGCGGGCACAGUUGGUGAUGACGACUCGCGCAGCCUGGAGGCCGUCGCAGACGGAAGCAUGGAGGAGGAAGAGGAAGAUGACGAUGAAGAUGACGACGAUUACCGCGGGCGUCCAGGAGACCAACAACGCGGCCUUUUGACGGAUAUACCGCUUGUGUUAGGGCCUGCGGAAAUCGAAGCGCUUCCAAUGAUUAUCCAAGCGGGAAUCGUUGACAGCUUCGGGUUGAAGGGCGGAGAAAGGACGGGGUCGCGGAACAUGCAGGCUCUGCGAUGCCACAUCCUGCUCACGCAGGAGACUGGUCGCAACCUUUUGAGAGAGUUGUUGAUCUUCAUUGCUGCUUGGGACCUUCCCGAUGACGAGCUCUACUUCAAGAUGAUGGUUCAGAUCAUGGAUGCGGUCUUAAAGAACGGUCUUAUGUCGCACGCAUACUCUGACUUCGGCCAGCCCAAGGACAUUAUUUCUCCUGCGCAGGCAGUCGUGGUCAAGAUUCUUACUCAUAUCUUCCGAGCCAAGUAUUCUCCAGCAUCAGUCACCGGUACUUCUCAACAAACCGCAACCAAGAGCCCGGCCCCUCUGUCCCGAGUCGAUAUCCUUACCGUUCGAUACAUCUUCACCAUCUUCCGGGGCAACAUCAUUCCUGAGACGUGCGCUUUGAUCUACUUGCAGGGACAGAUCCGCGCCGGAAGGGCUCUACCAGAGGACUUCCCGCUGAACCUAUGGGAUAUGGAGCGGGUCUACGAAGGUGUCUACCAGUUCUUGGAGUUCUUCGCUGUGCUGACCGAGAAUAACGACUGGAAAAACCUGCUUGUCAAGUGGGAGAUUGUCUAUGAUCUGGUGACGUUAAUCAAGGAGCUUGAGGCCAGCAUCCCCAAGGGCCAACUGAGUUCUCUUACUCUGGGAGGACGCAACAGCCCUUCCCGGGAUCAUCAAUCCAGCUCGGGCUCCGGACCGGUAGCAGUUGAGAGACCAUACGAUCCCGGUGACCCCGAUCCCGUUGAUGCUGGGCCGGGAUCAAGAGCAGAGUCGCCACCGAUCACGGAGGAUCCGUCGGAGUUUGAGUGGCGCAACCUGAAGAAGCUGGUUGUGCUUGUUCUCUCGUCUUUAGUAUGGAAGUGUCCCGAGGUCCAGGAUCAAAUCCGGCGCUAUGGCGGUGUGGAAACUAUCCUGUCCUGCACCAACUUCGACGCUCACAACCCCUACAUCAAGGAACAUGCAGUGAUGUGUUUGAAGUUCUUGUUGGAAGGCAACCGCGAAAAUCAGAAGAUGGUCGAGGAAUUGGAAGCGCGCGAGGUGGUCAAGGAUGACAACGGGGUCCUGGAGAGGAGUGGCCUGGAGGCUAUCAUCGACAAAGCGGGCAAGUUGGCUCUUCGACCCAAAGAGGAGCUCUGA